AUGUCAUCUGCUUGGAUCGAUUUAUUAAAUUUAAAAAAACCAUUGAAAUUCAAUGAAUUUUUAGUUAAUUUUAAUACUGAGUUGUAUAAUGCUAAACCAUUACCAAAUGAUAUUCAGAAGCAGUUAGAUGAGAGAUGGAAUCAAUUACUUAGUGUCGUUAAACCAGGACGUGUUUUAUACAAUGAAUCGAAAUUUCGUUUACAUUCUAUUGAUAAAAAAAUGAAUGAUGAUGAUAAUUCAUUUCAUUUUGUUCUUAAUCUGGGUUUAACUGAUUAUAAAUCAUUUAUUUGUACUCAACAACAAAGUUUACCUACUGAAAUUCGUCAACAUAUAACAGAAGAUCAUUUAUCACAUCCUCUUGGUGUUGGAUCUAUUCUGAUAACAUCCGAUGAUUUUAUUGUUUUAAUCAAACGAAAUUCUAAUUGCGUUGAUUCACCAAAUCUCUAUGAUAUACCUGGUGGUCAUGCUGAACCAAAAAAUUUAAAAUCAUAUUCACAAGAAGAUAUUAUUGAAGAAAUUCAUUCAUCAACUAUUGCUGAGUGUGUUGAUGAAACAAAUGUUGACCGAAAUAGUCUUCUUGUUGAUUCAUCUUUUUAUGUUCUUGCUAUUACUCGAAAUUUGAAUCAAUAUGGUCGACCCUCUGUUGAAUCUUGUCUUCGAACAUCAAUGACAUCACAAGAAUUACAACAACGUUAUAAUCUUCAGACACAAAGCGAAGCAUUUGAAUCUACUGAACUUAAAUUUUGGCCUCUUAAUAAAAUCUCUGAUCUUUUAAAUCCUUCUUCAACAAUCAUUUCAAUUACACCUGCUUGUCAUGCUACUUUAACUACAUAUUCUCAAUUACGUACAAAAGCGAAUGGUGAUUAUAUUCAAAAACAAAAAUCUAAAGAUUGUUUAACGGUUGAUGAAGAAGCUAUGGUCUUACGUUAUUAUGAAUUACAAUUAAAAGAUUUUUGUGAAAAAUUUGAACCACCAAUGACUAAAAUGGCUAUUGCUGUUUGUAUGCAAUAUUUUAAACGAUUCUAUUUAAAUAAUUCUGUUAUGGAUUAUCAUCCACGAGAUAUAUAUUUAAUAUGUGUGUAUUUAACAUGUAAAACAGAAGAAUUAAGAAUAUCUAUAAUCGAUUUCCUUGGAAAUAUUAAAAAUAGUACGAAUAUUGAUCAAACAGCUGAUAUUGUUUUAUCAUAUGAAUUAUUACUUAUUGAAAAACUUGAUUUUCAACUUGUUAUCCAUACUGCACAUAGACCAUUCGAAGGGCUUAUUAUUGAUUUAAAGACUCAUUAUUUACGUGAUAAUGUCAAUGAUGCCGAUCGAUUACGUUUAACUGGUUAUGAAUUUCUUGAUAAAACUCUAAUAACAGAUGUUUAUUUUCUUUUUCCACCAUCACAGAUUGCUCUUACGGCAUUAGUAUUUGCUUCAGUUAAAGCAGCAGUUAAUAUUGAUGAAUAUAUUCUUAAACAUGUCUAUGGUUCUUUAGAAUCAAUUCAAAUGCAAAAAAUAAAAGAAACAAUCAAAUUAAUUGCAAAUGUUGUUAAUACAUCAACGAAAUUUAAAAAAAGUGAAGUUAAACAAAUAUUGGAAAAAUUAGAGAAAUGUUAUAAUAUAAAUAAUGAUCCACGUUCAGAUGAAUAUAAAAAGAAACGUCUCGAACAAUUUCAAACAAUAACUGAUUAUGAAGCGAGAAAUUUGCCUUAA